CCUUUUCUAGGGUUAGGGCUUGAAAUGAGAACCUAAAAGAAAGCUCUUUGCUUCAAUUCACUCUCUGCCUUCCCCUUUCCUUCUCUUAUUUUUGCUAGAAUUAUAGCCUAGUUAAGUGAGAAUAAUUCGACAAUUAUUAAGCCAUACCCUUUGAAAAGAUUAAGAGAAAGAAUUGAAAAGGGCAGCUAGAGAGAAGGCAGGAUAGGGAGUUGCAAAAUGAGGAAGAGACAAGUAGUGGUGAGAAGAGAAGAACCAUCAAGGAGUUCAUCCACUACCUCAGCUUUCACGGUCCGAAGUGUUAGAUACGGAGAGUGUCAAAAGAAUCAUGCUGCUAAUGUUGGAGGUUAUGCUGUCGAUGGUUGCAGAGAGUUCAUGGCUAGUAAUGGUGAAGAAGGUACAACUGCUGCACUCACUUGUGCUGCUUGUGGCUGCCACAGGAACUUCCACAGAAGGGAAGUUGAAACUGAGCAGGUAGUUUGCGAUUGUUCUUCACCCUCUUCAAACGGGAAUUGAAUACCAAUUUCAAUCUCUCUUCUCUAUAAAUUUAUAAGUAUGGAGGUUCUUGAUUGUGUGUAGUAUUUUGACUUCUAAUUUUCUUGCUUGAUUGGGUUUGAAAUUAUGGGUGUUGUAUUCGUAUAGUUUCUAGGGUUAAUCGAACAUGAUAAAACCUUUUGAAUCGUGUAUGAAGGAAGCAAAGAGGAAAUCGUGAGAGUGUGGUGUGUAAUUUAUGACUGAAUUAAGAACACCAUAGGACAAAUUGGUGGACUAGCUUAUAUUAAGCUUCAUAAAAUUUGAGAAAAUAAGCUUUGUGUUCCAGCAUCUUCUGCUGUUUUUAAUUUUAUAUAUGAUUUCUUUUGAAAGAGUUCUCCAGUGAUGAGAGUUGAGAAUUUGAUUAUGAAUAUCAGAUAAUAUUACUUCUCUA